UGUGCCACCUGGGAGCGGUAAACGGUAAAAGCUAUUGAACUGAAUGAACGGCGGUGACGCACAAGCUUCAGACAGACUCUGGCGUGUCGUGUGUGUUUGUUGUCACUGUUAGCUGUGCCUGUCACCGUUACCGGAGUCGGCUGUACUUUUAUGCUUUAACGAGUUUCGUCGCGUUCAUUUUGUGCCGUGUUUGUAGGCGUUAGAGUGCAGAAGAGAAAACGGGAGGCAUGUGAAGUUAGUGUCACUUUCACCAGAGAUGGAGAAUUCAGUUGAGGAUGAGUGCGCUGACUCUGGAGCGGAGACCGGAGGUUGUGAACGAUGAAAAGAUGCACCCUCGUUUGUUCAUAGGUCUGACUACAGUCUUAUGUCAUCAGCAAGCAGUGAUUUGUCCAUGGGGGACCUACAGGAUCCUUUCCUAGUUUCUAUCCACAUCAUCACUGACCCUGGUCAGGCCAAAACGCUCCAGAAAGCUGCUGAUCAGGUUCUCUCGUGGCUCCACCCUGAUCUCACCCUCUUCAGGGUAUCAGAACGGGCAGGUGGUCUCUCCCGAAAGCCCAAGGUCCGCCCGCAGCGCAUCACCGAACCGCCAUCACACCAACCAGCCUUAGCUGUAAUCCUGUUUCUACAGGAUGAAUACGGAGGCGAAGAGAGUUUUGAACGCCUCCACAGUCAGCUUAGAUGCCCACCGUGGCGAUACCACCACACAGAGCGGGUGAACGGGCGAGGGCUCUUACCAUUUUCGCCAGCCAGCCAAGACUUUGUUACACUGGCGCCAGGCACACCUCUAUGGGCACUUCGUCAGGUGCACUACGGCAAAGAGAUUGUGCGCUUUACAGUCUACUGCUGCUAUGAGACCUACACCGAACAGGUGCGUCUGUACAGGCUGCUCCUGCGCCGAAGGCUGGCCCAGAAGAAGGAGGAUUUCUGCUUCUGUGUGGUCUACUCCAACCCUGAAACAGAAAUCCAGCUGUCAUUCAAGCGGAUGCCCCGUGGCCAGAACCCUGUCCCCACUGAAAACGCUGUGAUGGAGAUUCGAGUGAGGGAUGUCGGUGAACUUGUGCGGCUGCUGCCACAGCCCUGCACUCCCAUCAGUGACGUCCGCUGGCAAACCAACGAUUAUGAUGGAAAUAAAAUAUUGCUACAGGUUCAAGGUUCGCGGUAUUACCGCAGACACACUAUUGCAAAGUUCCAUCACCUUCCUCCUGAUGAUCCCCCGGUCGCCUCCCCUCCUCCACCCGAGCCGCCCCCUCCACCUCCUCCACCAUACGGCCGUGGGCCCGCCUCCUAUCGAAAUCGCCGUUACCACCGGAGCUCAUCGCGUUCGCGGACCCAGACCCUUCCGUCUCCAGUCACAAACACCACCAGGACGUCUCGGCCUACACAGUGUGAUCAGGAUGGCCACAUGGAGAGGCUCCAGAGGGAUGUGGAGCUCUCGCGGGCGGGAUGGACAGGCCACCGCACACAGUCCCUCUUUUCUCUGCCUACAGACGAGUCGCGCUCCUCCUGUGCCUCUCCGUCAAGCUUUCGUCCUCGCUGCUUCUCUUCCAUGGCUGCUCCAAUUUUCCGUGUCAAUGUGGAUACGCUAGUGGGAGCCGAAGAGACGGAUGUGGACACGGGACAAACCAUCAGCGGCAGCUCUGUGGACCUGUCGGUAGUCUCAGGUUAUUCCCAUCCACAGCUGAGGCGCCAUUUAAAAUCCCCAGCACCACGGCCCAAGUCUGCUCCUCCAACAGAUCGAGGUCUUGACUUUGCCGAUCUGACCUAUAAUAAUGCCUCCCCCAUAAGACAGACUCCUGUGCUAUCUAGAACACAAAGCAUCUUUGCAAAAUCCACACCUUGUGUAGUACACAAACCACAGCCAAAGAAUGUGAAGGAUGUGUUGCAAGACAAAGGACAGCAGAAUGGCAAUGGCAUUUUGACCGUAAAUGACUGUAGUCAAGAAGGCACUGUGGAGGAAGAGCAAGAAUUUUAUAUCUGACAAAUAAAGGACAAUCAUCUCAUCAGCAGGUAUCCAGAACUAUGGGUAAAAAAAAAAACCUGAACAUUUUUAGGGUUUCUAUAAUUGCAAGCAGCUGAGUAUUUAAAUGUGAAAAACCCUUAAACCGAUUGUUCACCCCCCCCCC